CAGAAAUGCGUGAAAAAUGGUCGAAUAUGGUUUUGGGCAUAACUUGCGCCAUGUGCAUCUGCAUGUCUCUUCUAGUAUUCAUUAUGGGCCUUGUCUACAUGACUACAGUAGUCCUGGCGAGCCAAACGGAGCACGUUGUCACUGGGUGCUCAAAAAUGGACCAGAUACGGGGAGUCAAGUGUGCGCCGAAAAUCAAUAAACUCUCUGUGGAGCUAGAAGAAUUACAACCCGGAUACGCCAAUCCAGAUAGGUUCCAAAAUAUUUCAGAGACUUGCGAUCAAGCUUUGGAGUGCGUGGAGCCGAUAAAAUGCAAGACAAUUAGUUUAGAGUUCAAAUUCGUCAAGAGGUCGUGUAAAGUUUUUAAUAUGGCAGCUGUAAAAUACAAUACUUGUUUGAAAAAGCUCCAAACCCGCUUCUACCUAGGAUUUGCUCCGUGCCUCCGCCCGCUGCUGAGCACUGAAGAGGUCGAGAAUUUCGAGAUGUGCCAGAUGUUCGAAAUGUACCGCGAUUGCAUAAAAUUAGAGAUUGUCGAGCAUUGCGGCUCGGAAAUGAUGCUCCAUGAGCUCGUCGGCGAUGUUAUGGAACUUUAUGAAUGUUUUAAUUUUUGAUUUUCAAUUUUUUUUCCAAUAAAAUUCACAUUUUCAGGUA